ACAUCCCAAUAAAAACAAAAGUGGCAUGGUCGGUGAUUCUAUACCCUGAAUCUUUACAAUGGUUAUGUGAAAUGUCUACUUUUUUACGUGUUAUCUCUUUCGGAUUACUUGUCUCAUGUGGAUUUCUAGAAGAGUUAAAGGCAAACAAGCAUUGUGCUUGUUGGUAGCGUUAUCUCGACCUUUGAGAUGUAAUUACUGACCGAGGCGAAAGUAAUAAUAAACGCAGUAAUGGCUCUUGACGCUAGCAGCGAACUUUACAUAUUGCCAUUCAAGACAUCAGCUGAAAACCGCUUCCACAAUUUGUGCAAAAAUGGAACCGUUUUAGGAACUACUAGCGAUGGCUCCAAAGAUCUGCUGGAAAUUCGUAUCACCGAAAUAGCUCAAGAUCUUGAUGGUGAAACAAUCUUGCAUAGUAGGAGUACAUCAGAUACUAAUGCCAACAAUGAUUUUGGAACUGUCAUGAGACAUCAAGAGAUAGACCUUGAGAGUCUUAAUCAAAUUUUGUGCAAGGAUGUAGUUUUUAUGUCAGCCAACUCAGAAGAUAGCAAGCUCAGUUCAGUAUCCGAUGAAGCGCCUUUUGGUGAGGUUAAAAACAUCAGUUCCGUUCCUGUUAUCAUGUUCUCCAAGGAUCAAGAAAUUCAUGAAAUACUCUCCAGCUCUAGAGGUUUUCCAUCUAAUGACCUUAAAUAUUCGGUGAAGGGUCAACAUGGUGCUCAUGAUGACUACAUUGUGUUUAAAGAUGACACCGAUGUGUUAAGUUCUGUUGAAGUUCUAGGUGUGGAUGGUAUGGAAAGUGUUUGGAUUUCAGAUGAUCCUUUACCUGAUGUGGGUCUUGGAACUCAUGCGCUAUUAGAACCGGAGCCAGUUAAUACUCAUUUAGUGCCUGUUGAAAUUGAAAAUAAUGUGGUUUUUAUUGAUGCUGCUCCUCCGGCCACCGCUGUCAUCCAGAAGGAUAAAUCUACCAGAUCCUCUGAAGCACAGUCUCAAGAUCGUCCAAGUGUCAUCUCAAUUGCAGUACCAAGUGGUGCCUCUGCAGAUCUCAAUCAGUGUCAGACUUCUAAUGGAACCCAACUUGUUCUGUCUAAUAACCAGCUUUCACCUUUAUUUGAACUGUCUGGACUGAAAGGCAUGGGAAAUGUCAUUUCCCAACCAGCAAGCAUGACUACUAAUUCACGUAGUGUCCUGAAAAAUUCUGUCGCUAAAAAAGUGACUAAGCACGCACUUAUUAAGCCCAAGGUUCUUAGUAAGCAAGUUUUGCAAGAAGAGCACUUUAGCUCAUUAAUUAAACCAAGUCCUAAACAGAUUAAUUCAAAUCUAAAAGCUGUGAAAAACUCUGGAGGGAAAAGUUCUAAGGGAAACACAGGAAAGUCUAAAUCACUGGCUGUUGUUGCUAUAUCAUCUGACAAGACCAAAGAUCUGACAGAAAUUGUUGUAAGCACUACUAAAGGUGACCAACUGUUCAAAGGAAAGACUAGUGAACUUAUUAAUGCUACACCCAAUUUGUGGUCGUAUGAAGCAAAUCAAAAUAGUGACAGUCCUUCUUUAGAAGAUGAUGAAUUUCUUGACCAACCUGUUACUGAUGCCCUUCAAAGGCUCGGAGUACCAACAUUGGGAUGGGUACAGAAUAGAGCUGAAGAUCAGAGAAUGUGGAUUUGCCCUGAAAAGGGUUGUAAAAAGUUGUUUCCUAUUCUUAAUCAAUUGAAAGUUCAUAUUUUGGGCCAUUAUGGAGUUCGCCCAUACAAGUGUGACUUCCCUAAUUGCCAGUGGGCUUUCUACACCCAUUUCAAAUUAAAGAGACACAAAGAGACUCACCUUCAGAGAAAGGAUUAUAAGUGUUCUUUUGGUGAAUGUGGACGAUCAUUUACCACAAUUUAUAACUUAAGAACACACCAGAAACUUCAUAAAAGACCAGCUGAGAUUAGAUGCCCUGUCAAAGAUUGUUCAGAAUUGUUCCAAACUCGGAGGAGUUUAGAAUUUCAUUUAAAAGAGCAUGGUACUGAUCAUGCUCCCUAUGUAUGCCCGUACACAUCUUGCCAAAAGCGUUAUUAUACUGUAAAUUCAGUAAAUUCGCACAUCAGAAGCCACCAGCACAAAGAUGAUGAAAUCAAAUGCCAAUGGUCAGGCUGCUCCAAAAUUUUCACCAAACCCUGCCGACUUAAGGCUCAUAUGCGAACUCACACAGGAGAUAAACCAUAUCUAUGUACACAUCAUGGGUGCAGCUGGGCAUUUACUAGUUCAAGUAAGCUAAGACGCCAUCAAUUUAAACAUACAAAUGUACGCAAUUUUCAAUGUCAAAUUGAUGGCUGUGGAAAGUGGUUCAUGCGUUCAGAGCAUCUUAAAGAGCAUGCUCUCACUCAUUCUGCGGAGAGAACUUUUCAGUGUCCUCAUCCAAAUUGCAACAUGAAGUUUUCUGCCAAAAGCAGUUUGUAUGUUCAUUCCAAAAAACAUAGAGCAAAAGUCCAUGCUCUCUCAUCUGAAUCACUCUCAGAUGCCAUUACUUCUAUUCCUGUGCAUGUUAUUCAAAGCACUCGUAAAAUUGGAAGUGAAUCUGAAACAAGUAAUGUCUGCACUAUAUCUGAGUUACAUAUUGAGGACCAACUAGCAGUACAAAGCUUGCCUUGUGAGAAUGUGGUACAAACAGAAAUAUCUGAGGCAACUCAAACAUUAGACUUCAUUCCUCUGCUGUCAGAAGACGAAGCUCUAGUUGCAGAGCUGGCUGGGAUGGAUCAUGUUUCAUUUGAUCAUAACCCAGCUACACUCAGAUCUACUAAUACACCCCUAUCCACUGUUGUUCUAGAGAACUCUUCCAAUGUUCUGAAUCAAUUGCCCAGCUAUAUUACUGAUACAAAUGAAGCCAGUGACAAGUAUUGCCAGGUCUUAAUAUGCACCGACGAUUCAGAGGCAGGACAGCCGGCUGAUGAUCAAAAGGAAGAUGAUGACAUCACUCAGGUUUUAAAUCCUGAUUCAGCUCGCAGUUCCAUAACUAUCAAUAGUUGGGCUAAGUUCAAGAAAGUUAGACAGUGUAGUGCUCUUCCUAUUAAAAAUUCAAGGCAGCUAAGGAGACAACCACAACUUAUUCAAAAACAUAAGAAACGUAUUCAAGUUGCUGAAGUUGAUCAAUCUCUCCCGAAAUCUUCAAAACAGGGGCCUCAAGAAGGUCUAUCUAACUCUAGAGCACCACUAGAUGUUGUUCUUGGAGGAGGUUACUUGGGAUCUGGUCAUGAUAGCAUAGCACACCUGUUAAUGCCCGAUGAACUGACUGCUUCAACUGACCUGUAUAGCUCUGAAGAUGGCAUUCUUAACAUGGACUCCAGCUUUGCCCCAUCAACUAUUAACCUGAGAGAUUUGGAGUAGGAUGAAAAUCAUGUGUCUAUCUCUGGCUCUGCCAGAUUGUAAUGCUCACCCCUAUGCUGUGAUACUUCACAUAUUUUUUGUGAAAGCUCCGAGGAGCAUUGUUUAUUAUUAAUAUCUCAUUUUCUCCCUCGCUUAUAACUAGGGUUUGCUUUUUGAGCAACUGUGAUUUUUGAUUACUGCAGAUUUGUUUCCCUGUACUUGUGACCAAAGAUUGAAGGCAAAUGUGUCUUUUUAAAAUUGUAGAUUAUGCACAAUAUAAACUGCCUGUGUUUAAAAAAAUGAUCCAGUUCCAGUGCAAUACCCACAUUGAUGUGUAGUAUAUCUAGUCAUUCUUGAUUUUAAUUGUAGACGCGUCUUGAAAUUGAUAUUGCAGGAAACUUUUAAUUUUGUGUAGUAUGCCAUUUGUUCAAAUGUAGUUUAAUUGUACUUUGUUCUCACCCUUUACCUUACACAUAUUUUGUGUAUUUAGCACGGCUCUGUAAACAUACAUUAUGAUUCACUGUUUGUUCAUUCUUUUUGAUAUGCUGAAGAGUGUUUGUUGCAAUGUGGAGUGAGAUAAGGAUAUGUACUGUGUCAUUUUUCUUUGUUUUCUUUAGAGUUUGAAUUGGUAUAGAUUUUAAACUUUCAUUGGUUCAAGUUGUUUUCAUUGUAAAAUUCAGGAAAAGCUUGCUUUAUGUAUCAAUUAUGACACCUUUUCUCGGUGGUAUAUAUCUUUCUGUACCAAGUACUAAGUGUUUUUGUUGAUGUUUUUUUGUUACUUUUCCUAACUUGCUGUAAUCAUUCAAGUGUUGAUUAAGUUGUGGACUAAUUAGCCCACCAGUCAAUUAAUUUUAUGUUUUUGUUUUUGCAGUCAAUUUUUUUUAGUUUUCUUUCUUUAUGCUCAGCACAAUCAUGCAGAAACCAUCCAUUUUAAAAUAUGUGACCCAUUCAGAAAUAUCCAGAGAGAAAGGUGUCAGUUUGUUGUUUGUUCACGACACUUUAAAGAUCUGUUUCAUAUUUUUAACAUCAGAAAUCUGUUAGCAAUUGUGUGGCAUUAUUUUAUGCUUUGUGUCACUUUUAAACACUUCUCUAAAUUUUAGUGUCUUAAAGAAAAUGUGUGAUGUGACUAAAAGAUGGUAUGUACGUAUCCGUUCAGUUGUGCUACUGAUUUUUCAACUGUUGUAACAGA